GUCCAGGCCCCAGCAUCCUGCUUAAUCGUCACCUGUCAUUGCACAAUGCUGGGAGGUUUCAGGAAACUCGCUGUCGAUGGCCUGGCCUACCGCACUGAGAAGGCCACUGAGGAAGCUGUUCAUGUCGUGGAGGGAGUGGUGAAGGAGGUGGUAGAGCAUGCCAAGGAGGCUGGAGAGAAAGCCAUUGCCGAAGCCUUCAAGAAGGCCCAGGAGACAGGAGACAAAGUAGCAAAGGAAGUCACUGAGACAGUGACUAACACAGUCUCAAAUGCUGUCACUCAUGCAGCAGAAGGACUGGGUAAACUGGGACAUUGACACAUCCGCCUCUGGCAGACUUUCUGAAUCUCAAUAAAGAGUUGUGAAAUGCA